AUACUAUGCAUAAAAAGGGUGUCUUCAAAUCUCAGCUGUAUUAGUUUUACUUGGCGCUGAUAACAGCAGUAAGCUCUAGUGGAAAUUCUUAAGGCUUGUAACAUCCAUACACUGUCUCUCAAUUCUCAGACAAGCGAACAGGGUGAUAAAACCUGUUUUUUACGGUGCUUAAAGUUUCAUUGUCGUUAACCAUCAAUAUUGUCAAGAAACCACGCUCCAUCUUCUUACCUCAUUUAAGUGAACUGUUACACAUUGAAAAGCCGAGUGUAAUGUGACACAGCCUAUGUCGCCAAUAAUCUGGUUCUCAGUAACCUCAGCCGGUCACCCAGGGGACUGUUGUCAGAAUGCUAAUUGGGAAAGGAAGCUUACAGACGCUUUAUGGAGAGGUCUUUGGCGAAAAGGGCUUCUCGAUCAGACAGCCCAAAUUAAUCACAACCGCCAUUUGCCAUCGUUAGCCGCACCGACAAACUAAAAAGUGAGAAACACUCUUUCGUCGAAACGGUUUCGGGUUAGAUUUGUUUUAGUUCGCCAACGCUGACUUGUGUGGCUUUGUGGGGAGGGAAGGGCAACCAUGAGCUCCUUAUUAAUUUAUGGUCGUUGCUGCGCGGUGACCGCCGCCCGGAUCAGUAAUGGAUUACUGGGCAGCACCACCUGCGGACCGUGCUAAUUGUUGGAGUCGGGGUCCCGAGCGGCCUGCUUACCGGAGUAUAAAUCACCUGCGGCGAGCGGGCUAAACCUGCCGCCCUCCUGCCCUGUAUCUCCUCUCCUGCAGACGGGCUCUGAGGACGAGCAGUCCUCCGCCUGCGCUCUCGCUGUCGAUAUCGCCUUUCCGUCGGUUUGGGAGAAAUAACAUCGACGCGGUCAGUUGUCGGUCAUUUUUAUUUAUUUAUCGAUUCUUCCUAGUGUUUUACAUUCUUGAAAAGACAGUCGGCAAAGAAGAGAAGGGCUGAAGAUCUGAGCGAUCGAAAGAAGGAUAAUAAUAUUUCCAAGUCUAGUGAAGAACGAUUGAUGAAUGUUGGGAUUUCAUCCUGAUACUCAUCAUCAGCCGUAAUAGAGCGGGGUCUUUCAUAAAGUUUCCCAGCUCUGGCAGGCAAGGUCUGAAUAAUUCUUGCUUACUCGGCUUCUGUUUUCUUGUGCUCCCGUCCCUCCUGGGUGCCUAUAUGUCAAGGACGAUGAUGCUCAAAAGGCCAUCGGAGGUGGCCACGAUGCGGCGGCUGUGCAGAGACAUCAUUCAGUACACCUCGGCUCACGGGAUCCCCAACAUUUUCCGGGCGCGACACUGGUUCCGCAGGGCGCUGUGGGCUGUGUUCGUGGGCUGUGCGCUGUGCUGCGCCCUGUGGCAGUGCACCGAGAUGGUCCUCAGUUUUUACAGCUACCCCUCGCACGAAAAGAUCACGCUGGUCUCCGGCACCGAGCUGAGGUUCCCCGCCAUCACCAUCUGUAACCUGAACAGCGUCCGGUACUCCUCCCUGAAGAAGAGCUUCUCCAUGAGCAGCUCCCUGCAGGACUCGGGGCUGGAGCAGUCUCAUCGGAGGAACAGGAGCAGCUCGCUGAACGGCACUGGGUUCUGGGACUCGUCCCAGGAAACCACCAACUACGCCCGCUCCUUCAACAAGUUUGCCUCCGAGUUUAACGAGCUGUCGGACGAGGAGAAGAUCGAAAUGGGACACCAGCUGGAAGAUAUGCUCAUUUACUGCAACUACCAUGGGCAGGCAUGCAACACCAGCUUCUUUUCUGGAUUCAUCAACUACAAGUUUGGCAACUGUUACACCUUCAACUCGCAGAAGUCCACAGACAUCCGAGGGAACCCCAUCAGCAGCGAAGUGCUCAACACCACCAAGGCCGGCUUCAUGCAUGGCCUGCACAUGGAGCUGUUCAUCCAGCAGACGGAGUACGUGAAGGACAUCACCCACUCCGCAGGGAUCCGGCUGCUGAUCCACGACCACUCGGCCACGCCCUUCCCCGAGGACGAGGGCGUGAACAUCCCUCCCGGCACGGAGACGGACAUCGGCAUGAUGAAGGUCGAGAUUCAGAGGCUGAAGUCCCCAUUCGGAAGCCACUGCACGGAUGGGGAGGGAUUCCGAAAUUACUACCACGACUUGUAUGGAUCAAGAUAUACCAGAGAGUCCUGUAAGCGGACGUGUGCCCAGCAGACCAUCAUGGAGAACUGCGGGUGCAGUCACUGGGAGUUUGCUGUGCCUCCAGGGUCCCACUACCCCAAAUGCAAUCUGAGUGCUGCAGGAAUCAUAGGUGAAUGUUUGGAACUGUAUGAAUACAAGUUUGCUCAUGACAUGCUGCCUUGUAACUGCCCUCUACAGUGCAAAGAAGAGAUAUACCAGCUCACAGUCUCAGGAUCACAGUGGCCAGCAACAGCGUUCUUGGAGAAGUUCUCCAGUGACCUGAGAGAAAUGGGAGGCCAGCUGGGAACUAUAGCUGACAACCCCCAACUUAUACGAGAUAAUUUAGUCAAAGUCGUUGUCUACUACCAGCAGCUGAACUAUGAGAGGAUAGUGGAGGAGCCCUCCAUUACUAGAAGACUAUGAGGAGACGUGAUACAAGGACUUCAGCAUCCUGGCUCCUUCCUCAGAAUGAACAGCAGAACACGAGCCACAGGGCCGCAGCGGAAACUAAACGGAAAUGCAUUUAAAAGGGAGAACAGGAGAGGCUUCUUUACGCAAAGGGUUGUGGGAGUGUGGAACAAGCUAGCCAGCCUUUCAAGAAAUGGGCGAAUGGGAUACUUGAAUCAGUUCAGUACCUAAUGGGCUUGAUCAAGAAAUGGAUUCUCUGGUGCUGUUCUCAUGUUCUUUUAAUGAUGAUGUGCUCUAUAAAAUGACGUUGGAUAAACACUGGGUGAAUGACAGAACAUGUACAGUCCAGGCUUCAUUAAAGUAAAACCAGCAAGGGGGGGAUGUAUAUAUUUCAUUUAAGGAUUAAAAUGUUUAAACUGCUUUCUUGGGAGUGUAAUUAUUUUGCUAUUCAAAAAUAGAUAUUCAUGUUUGUCCUUGUUGGAUCUGAAUAAUAUGUCUAUAAAAUGUUCCUGUAACUCUUCAGAUAGUAGUACUGUCACUACAAUAGAAUAUUAACAGAGCAUUGCUGAGA